CUCCGUAAACGCCGCCCCACCGCCACCGCCGCCGCCUCUCUCCCUUUGCCUUCCCUUGCAGCUACAAAACCCUAACAAAAUUCUCCACCACUUCCUCCAAGCCCUCACCACCGGUAGGGUAGCGAUUGCCUGUUGCUUCGAUCCGAUUCAAUCCAGUCCAUCCUUGCGAGCGAGCGGCGGCGGUAGUCGCAACCAGGAUGCUGCCCGGAUCGGCGGCUCCGGCGGGAGGCUCCGGGAUGUUCGUCCCGGCGGCGACGGCGGGCACGGUGCUGUGCUGCAUGUGCGGCGUGUCCAUGCAGCCCAACCCGGCCAACAUGUGCGCGCGCUGCCUCCGCGCGCGCGUCGACAUCACCGAGGGUGUCCCGCGCCACGCCGCCGUGGUCUACUGCCCGGACUGCUCCACCUACCUCCAGCCGCCGCGCUCCUGGCUGCGCGCGACCCCCGAGUCCCCCGAGCUCAUGCAGAUCCUGCUCCGCCGCAUCAAACGCCCGCUCGCGCGCCUCCGCGUCUCCCUCUCCGGCGCCGAGUUCGUCUUCUCCGAGCCCCACUCCAAGCGCCUCCGCCUCAAGCUCAGCCUCCGCCGCGAGGUGCUCCACGGCGUCGUCCUCGAGCAGACGCACCCCGUCGAGUUCGUCGUCCACGACCGACUCUGCGACUCCUGCGCCCGCUUGCAAUCCAACCCCGACCAGUGGGUCGCCGUCGUCCAGCUCCGCCAGCACGUCCCGCACCGCCGCACCUUCCUCUACCUCGAGCAGCUCCUCAUCAAGCACGGGCAGGCUGCCCUCGCGAUCCGAGUCGCCGCGGCCCCCGGCGGCCUCGACUUCUUCUUCGGCUCGCGCUCCCACGCCACCCGCCUUGUCGACUUCCUCACCACCGUCGCGCCCGUCCAAACUCAGACAGCCAAACAGCUCGUCUCGCACGACACCAAGAGCAGCGUGUACAACUACAAGUACACCUUUUCGGUUGAUAUCUGCCCGAUCUGCCGUGAGGACCUCAUCGCGCUCAGCCCCCAGGCGUCCCGCGACCUUGGUGGCCUUGGCCCUCUUGUCCUCUGCGUCAAGGUUACCAAUGCCAUUGCGCUGCUUGACCCUCUCACACUGCGUGUGCACCACCUCGAGGAGAAGAAGUACAGGGUCUAUAACUUCAAAGCGGCUCUGACUAGCAAGCAACUUGUGGAGUACAUCGUGCUAGACAUUGAACAAGAGUCACCUGAGAUCUCCAUCGAUGGAUCUCGCUACCAGUUGGCAUUUGCGCAGGUUGCCCGGGUGUCGGAUUUCGGGAAGAAUGAUACCAUAUUUAUGGUGCGGACGCAUCUUGGGCACCUGCUGAACCCUGGUGACCUUGCCCUUGGGUACGAUCUCUAUGGCGCGAACAUGAAUGAUGAUGACAUGGACACGGCUAUGAUGCGGCACAGCUUACCUGAAGUGAUUCUUGUCAAGAAGAGCUAUGAGAAGAAGCCACGCACACGGCGAUGGAAGCUGAAGAGGCUGCCAGUGGAGGAAGAUGCUGCAAACAAGGCCAAAGGUGAGGAAGAGAAGAGGCUAGAUGAGUAUGAAGCUUUCCUCAAGGACUUGGAGCAGAACCCAGAGUUGAGGUUUAAGAUAAAUCUGUACAAGAACGAGGAUUAUAGGUCAGAGAUGGCAUCGACGAUUGGUGAUGAUGUCCCUACUGUGCCAAUUGAGGAGCUGAUUGAGGACAUGACCCUUGGUGACGACGAGGAGGAUGAAGGGGACGAAGUUGUGGAACGCAACACACGUGCUGGAAUGGUGGAAUGAGCAAAAUACCAACUGUUGCUGCAUUGCUUAGAAGAGUUGGCGCUUCCAGAUCAUAGAUCUGAACUGGUUCUGUUAAAUUAUCUUAUAUGCCCCCCCCCCCCUACUGCUAUAAGUUUAAAUUUUGGUGGUGUUGCUUAAAAAUUAAGUUUCAACUUUUUCUGUUUGUUGGAAUCGACAUUGUUUCAAACCUUAUCUUGUAUUGGGGUGUAAGAAUCAUGUUAAGUUAAAUGUUUUUAUGACAUUCUAUGUAUUUUGUGAUAUGUUGUUUGCUUUUCA